GCAAUCCUCUUCUCAGCUGUGAACAUGUCAAAAGCUUUUAGGAUGUUUGAGCCUAUGAAGAUGGCAACACUUACAAUGUCUCAGUACUUUCGAACGCAGAAGGAGCACCUCUUUCCUGCUGUGAAUGAUGUCUACCUCAUGAGACAAGCAGAGAUCCUUGACCAGCUUCGGCCACUGCCCCUGACGCUUGCCGGGGAUGGCAGGUGCGACUCACCCGGCCACACUGCAUUGUAUGGCACCUACACGCUUCUGGAGACUGCAGCCAACCGUAUCGUGCACUGCGAGUUGGUUAAGUCUACUGAGGUCAGCAGUAGCAAAGCAAUGGAAGCCUAUGGUCUACAGAAAUGCCUCGCCUUUCUCGGGGUACAUGACAUGACUGUGGACACCCUGGUCAGUGACCGCCUUUCUGGCAUGAAAGCCAUGCUAAGGCGACUGUGCCCACACAUAAUGCACAUAUUUGAUGUGUGGCAUGUUGUCAAAGGUGAGUGGUGA